ACUCUCCCGCCCCCUCCCCCGAUCCCGGGGUUGGAAGAUGAUGGCGGCGGCGGCGGCGGCGGCGCGGGGAUUGGUGUCGGUUUACCGGACUCUCCACGCUCCAUCCUUCAGGCUGUGCCUAUUCCCGGGCUUGGCGGGUGGAAGGCGGCUGCAGCUCAGGCCGGCUCUGGCGGCUGUGCAGGCCCGCGGCCUGAGGGAAAUUGUAAGGGUGCAGGAUGGACAGUCCACAACGAUUGAGGGAAGGAAAAUUGAGGAUUCUCCAGUGGGUUCUGAACCUCCAAACCCUUCAGGACAGUGCCCAAUCUGUAGGUGGAACCUAAAGCAUAAAUAUAAUUAUACAGACGUGCUCCUGCUCAGUCAGUUUAUCCGGUCAGAUGGAGGGAUGCUGCCACGUCGGAUCACAGGCCUCUGCUUUGAAGAGCAUAAGAAGAUUGAAAUUUGUGUAAAGAUGGCUCACCGAGCAGGCUUGUUGCCAGACCACAGACCUGCCCUGCCACAAGGACACAUCCCAAAAAAACACAAGCCCCACUUAAACAGAUACCUCACUCGAUGGUCAGUUGAUUCGGUGAAGCCCAUCUGGAAGAAAGGCCUCAAGUGGUGUAAAGUUCGCAUGCCUGUGGGAGACCCAAUACUGAAGAAUAAUGUUGUCUAUGGGAAAAGGCCUAAUUAUAUUAAACACUGAUAAGGACUCUGGUGUGAUCUGACCGACUGAAUUUCCACAAUGCAUCUUUUAUUAAAUAAACAAGUUAUUUGCAGCAUA